CGAGCAAGCACCUGGUGACGGCGUCCUAUGUGAGCCCGCAGAUGGCGGAGCUAGACGAGCCUGCCAAGGCCAGCGGGGUCACUGUGCUCUGCGAGAUGGGGCUGGACCCGGGGAUUGACCACAUGCUGGCUAUGGACAUGAAGCAGCGCAUCGAGGCGGAUGGUGGCACCAUCACGUCCUUCGUCUCCCUCUGCGGCGGCCUGCCGGCCCCUGGUGCGGCGGACAACCCCCUGGCGUACAAGUUCAGCUGGAAUCCGAGGGGCGCGCUGCUGGCGGGGCGCAACUCCGCCGUCUAUAAGAAGGACGGUGCACUGGUGGCUGUCAAAGGAGAGGAUCUUUUCGCCUCGUCCCAGACUCUCCGCCUUCCCCAUUUCCCCGCCUUUGCGCUCGAGGUGCUUCCCAACCGCGACUCCCUCGGCUACGCCGACUACUACGGGCUCAGCAACCCCGACCGCACCGUUGCUGCUGCCGCGGAUGCUGCUGCUGCAGCGGCGGCGGUUACUGCAGAGACUAUGUUCCGAGGGACCCUGCGCUAUGAAGGUUUCAGCAGCAUAAUGGCCGGGCUGGCAGCGCUAGGCCUAUUCAACCAGGACCCCCACCCGCUCCUCUCCGUCCCGCGCGCUGCUGCCGCCGCCACAAAGGCCGAGGCCGACCCCACCGCUCCAGCCACCACCGAAGCCCCUCGCGAUGACGACGAUGCGCCCCUCCCGGCCUACCCAACCUAUGCCUCCUUCCUGCACGCCCUGGUUACCACCGCGGGGCGGCUG